AUGCCCGCUAUUUCGAGAAUUUACGGUAAUCUAUGGACAAAACAUCGUUAUCCUUCAGAAGAAGUAUGCCAAGAUUUCUUACGCGGAAUAUGCAAGCGUGGUACAUCAUGUCGAUACCUUCAUUCAAUUAAAAAAUCCAUAGUUUGUAAACAUUGGUUACGCGGUCUUUGUAUGUUAGAAGAUCAAUGCGAAUAUUUACAUGAAUAUAAUUUACAAAAAUUACCAAAAUGUGUUAAUUAUGUUGUAUUCGGUGUGUGUUUGAGUCCAAAUUGUGUUUUCGCACAUGGUGAUUAUAAUAUCGAGAUUUGUGAGGACUUUGAACGUGGACUUUGUGUAAAAGGACCUAAUUGUAAAAAGAAACAUGUGAAAAAAGCAGCAUGUGCAUCGUUUAUUGCCGGAAAUUGUCCGAAGGGUGUGGCAUGUUCUGAAUUUCAGUAA